AUGAUAUUGCCAUCUAAUGAUACAGCACUGAAUUCACUCCUUUCCAAGUUGCUACAAGAAUACAUGGACCAGAAAAAUAACACUGUGCAUUCUCAGGUUGGAAGACACACUGACAAUUUGGAAAUACUCUAUGUAGUCCUGUUACUUGGCUUCUUUGGCUUCUUCACACUUGGAACAAUGCUUAACUACAUCCGUUCAAAAAAGCUAGAGCACUCCAAUGACCCAUACAAUGUGUAUAUUGCGACAGAUGUUUGGCAUAAGGAGGACAAGGCAAGUUUUAAAGCAAAAGUUAUAGAAAGCUACAAACUGUGCAGCGUGUUUGAAAACCAGCUUGCAGUAGAACAACCUAAUAACCAGAUUCCUGAGGUGAAGUCUUCGUAGUGAAUUGGGAAAAGGAUGGACAAGGAUAGGGCUAGAUCUUAACCUAGUCUCAAUCCAAAUAGCUCCU